AUGCCCAACAGGCCUUCGAUUCCGGUCCUCAACUCUAUCGUUUCCUUAGUAGAUCACACCCUCACGUCACAAUCUCCCACUGCGUUUCCCCAGCACCAGGCCAUGUCUGGCCUUGCACAUAGCGGUCUGCCGUUCGGCACCUUGCCUACGGGCAACCGCAGUCAGGGCAUGGAAGGCUCCGAAGCCUCCCCAGAUCGGACAUCUCCCGCAUCCAACGCCUUCGAAGACCCGACUAUCGAUGAAUUUGGUUUGGCUUCCCAUAACCGUGCGGAUGGCACAGAUCUAGGUGGUAAACCUAAGGAGGAUAAAGCCGAUGCCACACCUACAUAG